UGAGUCUUCAACACUUGUACUACCCCCUCAGAACUUGUAGAACUUUCCCCUGGGGACCCUACUUCCAUUACAGCAACAUACUCUUGUUUUAGAGUUUAAAUCGAGCGCUGGAUGGAGGAGAAACAAGGGAAUUCGACGCCGGAGAUGUCGCCAAAGGUGUAUACGUUGAAAGAAGUAUCGAAGCAUGAGUCUCCCAAUGAUUUAUGGAUGGUUAUUUAUAAUAAGGUUUACGAUGUAACGGACUUUUUGAUUGAUCAUCCCGGAGGUGCUGAGGUUUUAUUUGACUGUGGAGGCGUUGAUGCUACUGAAGCUUUUGAAGACGUGGCACAUUCCGACGAUGCCCUUAAUAUGCUUAGUCCCUACUACAUGGGAGAUUUACACGUCAAAGACCAUCUAAAAUAUGACCUGAUAAGAAAUCCAUCUUCUAAUAUGAACCCCGCCCGAGAUAAAUCCAACCCAUCAUCUUCAAUACCGACAAAGGAACAAAAAAGAAAGUCUAAAACAAAAAGGAAAAAAUCGCAAACAAAGCAGAGCUGGGUUACUCUGACGCAAGCUCAGGCUUACUUCAUAUUGAUAGCUCUUGCCCUAGUGGGUAUCUUGUCAUAUUUAUUUCUUCAAAAGAUUAAAUGGUCCAAAACAUACCUUUAAUCAAUUCAUAGCAUAUCCACCUUUUAUUGGUUGGCAGGGACAUUAUUAUUGUCACAGACUUAUUCAUAUAAUUAUAUAAACUUAAUC